AUGCCUUUUGAAGGGUUUAGUUCACUGAAAGACAGAUUUUUGAAACCAGGGAAGGAAGACGUGAAGACCACUGUUAGUGACUCUCUGGGGAAUCUGCAAAGAAAAAUUGAUGGAACCAACACAGAAGACGACCACAUUGAACUGACUGAAGAGGGAAGGCCUGUGUUGGCAACCACUCACAAACCUCCCCUAUGUGACUGCUAUUGCUGUGGACUACCCAAGCGCUACAUCAUCGCCAUAAUGAGUGGUCUGGGCUUUUGCAUUUCUUUUGGAAUUAGGUGCAAUCUGGGUGUUGCCAUAGUGGAAAUGGUUAACAACAGCACUGUCUAUGUGAAUGGAAAACCAGAGCUUCAGAAAGCUCAGUUCAGCUGGGAUCCAGAGACAGUAGGACUUAUACAUGGCUCAUUUUUCUGGGGUUACAUUGUGACACAAAUUCCAGGAGGGUUUAUCUCAAACAAACUAGCUGCUAACAGGGUAUUUGGAGCAGCUAUUUUCCUAACAUCUACAUUGAAUAUGUUCAUCCCGUCUGCUGCAAGAGUACAUUAUGGCUGUGUUAUGUUUGUAAGAAUUUUGCAAGGUCUCGUAGAGGGCGUGACUUAUCCAGCGUGCCAUGGGAUGUGGAGCAAAUGGGCUCCCCCACUGGAGAGAAGCAGGCUGGCAACCACGUCUUUCUGUGGUUCUUACGCUGGGGCAGUGGUUGCCAUGCCCUUGGCAGGGGUAUUGGUGCAGUAUAUAGGAUGGCCAUCAGUCUUUUACAUUUAUGGAAUGUUUGGAAUUGUUUGGUACAUAUUCUGGUUGUUUCAUGCCUAUGAGAGCCCUGCUGCACAUCCAACAAUAACCAGUGAAGAAAGAACAUACAUAGAAACAAGUAUAGGAGAAGGAUCCAGCCUAGUUAGUGCAAGUGUUGGCCUUUUGUCUGCAGUUCCACACAUGGUCAUGACAAUUAUUGUUCCCAUUGGUGGGCAAUUAGCUGACUUUUUACGAAGCAGAAAGAUUUUAACCACUACCACUGUAAGAAAAAUAAUGAAUUGUGGAGGUUUUGGCAUGGAAGCAACUUUGCUUUUGGUGGUUGGUUACUCUCAUACAAGAGGUGUGGCUAUUUCCUUCUUGGUGCUGGCAGUAGGAUUUAGUGGAUUUGCUAUUUCAGGAUUUAAUGUCAACCAUUUGGAUAUUGCACCCCGGUACGCCAGCAUUCUGAUGGGGAUCUCCAAUGGUGUGGGGACACUGUCGGGAAUGGUGUGCCCACUCAUUGUUGGUGCGAUGACUAAACACAAGACCCGGGAAGAGUGGCAAAAUGUCUUUCUGAUAGCAGCUCUCGUGCACUACAGUGGAGUGAUAUUCUAUGCUAUCUUUGCUUCUGGUGAGAAGCAAGAAUGGGCUGACCCUGAAAGCCUCAGCGAAGAGAAAUGUGGCAUAAUCGACCAAGAUGAACUGGCUGAAGAAACGGAACUGAACAGUGAAACUUUUGUUAGUCCAAAGAAAACGUACGGCGCUACCAGUCAAAACAACGAUGUGCGGAAAAAGGCAUGGAGAAAGCAAAAGGGAGUAACACAGGAUAUAGAGGAACAGACUUCCUACCAUUAUGAAAAUGGAAAUUUUCAAGAUAGGUCAUAAUAUCUGAAAAUGUGUGAUCGUGUGGCAAGUGCCCCCAUCCUCUCCUGCCCAACCGCUUCCUAAUCAGACAGUAUCCAUAUGUACUUGCUUAUUCAUUCAUGGAAAAUCCUGUCAAAUGGCUAGAUGUAAAAUGUAGUAAGGUAAUUCUCUCCUUGUAGCACAGAAAAAGAGCUAAUAGAAAUAUAACUGGCAAACCUAAGUCUGGCUUUCAAUCAGAUCAGUGUAGGAUGGACUGAGGGCUCCCUGUGCAGCCUUACAGAGUUCCACAUUGGUGUAGUGGGUCUGUCUGCUUGGCUCUGAUUGUGGGAGCAGGGCCCUUCAAGUAAGGAAAAGGCCAUAAUAGGUUGUGGGAUUCAUGGUAAUUUAAUGACAUUCCCCCUACCAUAAUGUGUGUUUACUAGGAAGCCCAUAGACACAGAAGUCUGGCCAUGAUUGUCCAUGUAGGACAGGGGGUCUGA